AUGAAGUUCGACAUGUUUUUACUCAUUGCGCCACUGCUCUUGUAUGGAGGAGUAAUCGAGCUGGAAGUUUAUGAUAGCGGCUAUGUACAAGGUUGUAAGUUGCUCAACUUCCACAUCAUGCAUUCGCAGGCCACAGUUUCAUUUUUGGAACCCAUAGGCAAAGGCCUCUGCUUGACUUGCAACUGUUUACGGCCGAUCUCAGCCUCCGUGAUUUUAAUUGCGACGAUACGUACGGAAAAUGUAAACCACUUUGCAAGCAAGGUAAGCGAGCUCAGGAAGGAAGCUCUGAUUUUGGCAACUUAAGAAACUUUCUGCGCUUUGUAUUGUAGCCCCAUGUGUUGCGUAGACAGAGAAGCUGCUGACAGGGUAUGCAAAGCUCGCGAGGGCUACUACUAUCAGCAUUUGUCGACCAAAUUCAAAGUGCUGAGUGCGUAUUGGAGGUCGCGGAGCAACCGCGAUGGCGGAGUAUGGGUCGAAGACGAGAUGCAGUUAUUGGACUCCUCAUAUAACACUGUAGACCUUGGGAUAACAAACUUCACACUACAGGUGGCCACCGCGCCGUACUUGAACGCAGAAGACCGGCCACUGUAAGUCAUCUCGUUUAUCUAUGGCUUGCCAUGUCAUAAGGAACAUUUCAAAAAUCAUAAUUUUCAGAGGUGAAAUUGGAUUUGGCCGUGACCCCGUGGGAUAUGGCUUUGUAAAUGUUCUUUACAAAAAGGGGAUCAUCGACCAACCCGUUCUUUCCAUUGGUCACCCACACAUCUUCGAUCCACGCUACACAUUAGGAGCGUACAACACCAAUGACUGUUACGAUGAUUGGCAACCCAUUCCGGUAGUCGGUGACCACGGAUGGAUGUUUGACGCACAAGCUGUUGCUUUCCUGAACUACAAGUCUGAAGUCCAUGACUUUCGUGUCAUGCUCAGUAGUGAUGGAGUCGCACGUAUGCCUCGACAUGUCUUUAACUCCUUCUUCCCGAGCCUGCUAAGUCGCUAUCGAAACGAAUACGACAUUUACCAGCUGAAUGAUAGUCGGCGAAACGAUGAAUUCGAUUUCUACGUGGACGUAAACGAUGAGAUACGGUUUCCUUCGGACCUUGACGCUUUAGAUGUUGCCCCAAAUCUUAGCCCAGGAUAAUGUUUCUCUGCUUCAGCUCCAAAUCCUAGAUCCCAAUCCUGAUAGAGUGGAGUGGAUUUUGGGAAGGAUGAUCUUGCUAGACACGUGCAUAACGUUCGACUUCGAGAAAAGCGAAAUGUAUUUCGCGCAAGCUCGACCGAACGACGACGAUGAUGACGACGACAGUGAAGAUGACGAAGGAAAUGAGUUUCGAGUAAAAAAGAGACGUCGAUACAGCCCACUACGUCGUAAAGCCAAUAACGUUGGCCACAGGGAUGGACGAUAA